GUGGAGCACACACCCAUUUGCUUUAGUCUCUAUUUGUUUGAAACGAAACUAUGACAAUAACCGCAUAACCCGCCCAUUGGAAGAUAACAAUUUGGUCCAUACAGUAUAAAAUCGGGAUAGUCAGUGAGGUAUCUAAUCAGACACUCAUUUGCUCUGUCUUGAAACUCAGAGACCACAAGAUGGCUUUCUCUUGCCCAACUCCGAAAAUGGCUCAGAACUCAUUGAAAAUUAGGCUGCAGGGUUUGGAAUGCCACUUCACCUGGAAGCUGGAUUACAACAGAUCUAAACUUCACAAACUCAGAGAAACCAUGAUAGACAUCAGCAGCAGCGAGGGGGUUCAAUGUUCCUGGACGGGUUAUCUGUACAACUUCCUGGCUUACCUACACCACGCUUUGGGCUCCACAGAGGACGCUCUUCACUGCCUGAAGAAGGCUGAAGAGGCCAUUCGCCUAAACAGCCCAGACAACGUUGAGCUAAGUCUGGUGGUCCACUAUGGGAACUUGGCCUGGGUGCACUAUCACCAAGGGGAGCUGACAGAGAGCCAGACCUAUGUGGAGAAGGUGGGGAGACUACUGCAGGACAACCCCUCGCCCUGCCCAGGUGUAGUGUGGGGAGAAAGGGCCUGGACUUUGAAUAAGUUUGAUGUAAGCAAGAGGAAGGCAGCGCUAUAUUGCUUCCGGAUGGCCUUGAAAGGGGACCCUGAGAACAAGAUGCUGCGCUGCGGUUACGCCAUGGCGUUUAAUAAAUCUGUUGAAAAGAAAGACAUUACCCCGAAGCUGCGAUCUGAGAUGUUGGAGCACCUACGGAUUGCUAGAGAAUUGGAUCCAGAAGAUGUGUACAUCACAGUGAUGUACCUGCAGAGGCUUGCAGAGAACGGCCAGGUUGAGGAAGCACAUAAACUCGCAAAGGAAGUGAUAGAGAAGCCUUUGGACAGCUUUGGUGGAUUUGGAAUCUUGCUAUAUUUUUUACGAGAUUACAUCUCUAAUGAUUCAAGCAUUGACCUGGCAAGAAGGACCCUGGAGAGGCACCCCAAUUCACGCCAGCUGAAAAGGCAUCUUGGGAAGUGUUACAAAUGGAAGAUUUUCUCUCCGGAAGAGAAAAGGAACCCAAUGAGGCAUAUUCUGAUUGAAAAUGCAGUCAACCUUUAUGAAGAGGUGGUCACACUCUACCCAAAAUCCCUUGCAGCUAAACUGGAACUGUCUGCCAUGUACAAAGAAUCUGGCAGAGUUGAUAGAGCAGAUAAGAUAUUCGAGGACCUGCUCCUUGAUAGGGAAGGAAUGGAACCACAGAAUUUACAAAAAAUCUACAACUGGUAUGCCCAACAUCUGUUUUAUGCAAAACAAGAUGCUUCCAGGUCAAUUGAUUUCCACAAGAAGGCAGUGGAAAUUAUGCUACCUACUGACCAACGUGAUAGCAGUAUUCAUGUUCUGUUGUCCAUUGUUCAUAAUGGAGGUGACAGAGCUAAGGAAAUUGUGGACUUUCUGGAUGGCCUUAAUGGAGAAGGUGCUGUUGGCCAAUUCUAAACCUUUUUUCCAAUAAAGGCUUGAAUUAAGUAGAACUGCCUGCCAAGUCAGUCAAAUUUGCAUCACCUUUUUAAUAUUAAUUAAUGUAGAAAAUAUAUUCACUCUACCAGGAAAAAUCUAGGGCAAUCUAGGACACAUUUUGAUUUAGAAGAAACUGAAUACCUUAGUAUUAAAAAGGUCUGCACUCAAUUGCAUGACCAUCAAUACUAACACUUGAAAGUAAAUGCAAUGCUUAUAAUAGUCUUAUAAAUAUGUAGGCCAACAUGACAAACAUCUGUCUGGAAUCCACAUUUUGAAUUGAGUCUGUAAAAAUGUACUUUGGACUAAUGUACUGUAGACAAACUAAUAUGUUAUUUUUUAAAUGUUUCAUUAUAGAGUAGAGAGGCCCUGUAUAGCCUCACAGACUGACUAUCCAGAUAGGAUCUUAUUGCUUUCAUUUUCUUCACACUGGGCACAAUAGAUUAUGUUGCUGGAAAAGGUAUGUAAUGUGUAAUAUUGUACUGUCAAAUAUCUUGUAAGUUCUUGUGAAAAUAAAAGGUAUUAUGUUAA